CCUUCCAACACACAGAUUCUCAACUGAAGCCGAAUUCUCAACUGCAUGGACGAGCCGUUCCUCUCCGGUAGCUCUCUCCCUCCGCCGGAAAACAAUGAAAUCUGCAUUUCGCCGCCGCCCAUCACCUCAUCGACCAACCUUCGCCGCUCCAAAACAGCACCAGCUAUGUCCACAAUCAAUGAAAUUCACCAUUGCUCGCAUCCGAAGCCUCCGCCGCAGUUUGCCACACCCUCAAUCAUAAAGCAGGGAGUGAUUUGCUUGAUCAUUUACUUGAGCUUUGGUGUGGUUAUAUGCUCUUUGAAUAUGGACUCCUUCACGACCACUCGAACUCACCCCGUUGUAGAUGCUUUGUAUUUCUGCAUUUUGACUAUGUGCACAAUUGGUUAUAGUGAUAUAACUCCUGAUAGCGCUGUGACCAAGCUGUUUUCCGUCGCUUUCAUGCUUAUGGGAUUCGGGUUCAUCAAUAUUUUGCUAAGUGGGAUGGUUAGCUACAUGCUUGAUAAGACUAUCAGGAGAGGGGGUGUUCAUGAUCCUACCUCUUACAUCAUCGAUGUGAGGAUACGGAUGAAGGUGGCGUUGGCGUUAGGCGUUGUGGCUCUUUGCAUUGGAGUAGGGGUUGUUGUGAUGCAUUUUGUAGAGAGGCUUGAUUUGUUGGAUUCAUUCUAUCUGUCUGUUAUGUCUGUUACCACUGUUGGAUUCGGGGAUAAGGCGUUUAAGUCUUUGCCCCGGAGGCUUUUUGCCUCAGUUUGGUUGCUCGUGUCGACUCUUGCUGUUGCUAGAGCCUUCCUCUGCUUGACUGAGCUGAGAGUUGAGAGGCAGCACAGGAGGAUGGCUCAGUGGGUGCUCGGGCAGGAUAUGACUUUCGCGCAGUUUCUUGAUGCAGAUAUUGAUAACAAAGGCUUUGUGUCUAAAUCCGAAUUUGUAGUUUACAAGCUCAAGGAGAUGGGAAAGGUAUCAGAGAAAGACAUUUUGCAGAUAUGCAAACAGUUUGAACGCCUAGAUGCAAGAAACUGCGGAAAGAUAACCCCUGCAGAUCUUAUGGAAAUCCACCAUUGA